AUGUUUUGGAAGAAGGCUCCAUCCGUGCAGAUGCCGGGCAGUUCUCUGGAAAAGGGAAGUAGUGUUCUUGGAGGCAGGACUGUAGAAGAUAACAGACGUGAGUGCAUCUCUGUUCACGUUGGUCAAGCUGGAGUUCAGAUUGGCAAUGCCUGUUGGGAACUCUUCUGCCUGGAGCAUGGCAUUCAGCCGGAUGGCACCUUCAAGGACCAACCCAGCGAUGACGACUCCUUUGCAACAUUUUUCAGGGAGACAAGCACUAGAAAAUACGUGCCACGGGCUAUUAUGGUGGACCUGGAGCAAACUGUAGUAGAUGAGGUGAGGACUGGCACCUACCGUCAGCUUUUCCAUCCAGAACAGCUGAUCACUGGAAAGGAAGAUGCAGCAAAUAACUACGCCCGUGGCCACUACUCCAUUGGAAAAGACAAAAUUGACAUGGCAUUAGAUCGUAUACGCAAACUGGCUGAUGCCUGCUCAGGGCUACAGGGAUUCCUGAUUUUCCACAGCUUUGGUGGGGGCACUGGCUCUGGUUUUACUUCCUUACUGAUGGAGCGCCUUUCUCUGGACUAUGGAAAGAAGUCCAAGCUCGAGUUUGCCAUCUACCCUGCUCCCCAGGUCUCCACUGCUGUCGUGGAGCCCUACAAUUCUAUCCUGACCACUCACACCACCCUGGAGCACUCAGAUUGUGCCUUCAUGGUCGAUAACGAGGCUAUCUAUGAUAUCUGUCGCCAAAACCUGGACAUCGAGCGCCCAACGUACACCAACCUCAACCGCCUCAUCAGCCAGAUUGUCUCCUCCAUCACGGCCUCUCUGCGCUUCGAUGGGGCCCUCAACGUGGACCUCACCGAGUUCCAGACGAACCUGGUGCCCUACCCGCGCAUCCACUUCCCCUUAGUGACCUACGCCCCCAUCAUCCGUGAAUGCAUCUCUAUUCAUGUGGGUCAGGCUGGAGUUCAGAUAGGAAAUGCUUGCUGGGAACUCUUCUGCCUAGAGCAUGGCAUUCAGCCGGAUGGCACCUUCAAGGAUCUGCCCAAUAAACUCAACUACGAUGACUCUUUUACCACAUUUUUCAGUGAAACAAUCAAUGGGAAGCACGUGCCCCGGGCUGUAAUGGUGGACCUGGAACCAACUGUACUUAUUGUAAUUUCUCUUUCUUGGGCAGAUGAAGUACGGGCUGGGACUUUCCGGCAGCUUUUCCAUCCAGAACAGCUGAUAACUGGAAAGGAAGAUGCAGCAAAUAACUAUGCCCGUGGCCACUACACUAUUGGAAAAGAAAGCAUUGAUAUAGUACUUGAUCGUGUUCGUAAACUGACAGAUGCCUGCUCAGGGCUACAGGGAUUCCUGAUUUUCCACAGCUUUGGCGGGGGCACUGGCUCUGGUUUUACCUCCUUACUGAUGGAGCGCCUCUCUCUGGACUACGGAAAGAAGUCCAAGCUCGAAUUUGCCAUCUACCCUGCUCCCCAGGUCUCCACUGCUGUUGUGGAGCCCUACAAUUCUAUCCUGACCACUCACACCACCCUGGAGCACUCAGAUUGUGCCUUCAUGGUCGAUAAUGAGGCUAUCUAUGAUAUCUGCCGACGAAACCUGGACAUCGAGCGCCCAACGUACACCAACCUCAACCGCCUCAUCAGCCAGAUUGUCUCCUCCAUCACGGCCUCUCUGCGCUUCGAYGGGGCCCUCAACGUGGACCUCACCGAGUUCCAGACGAACCUGGUGCCCUACCCGCGCAUCCACUUCCCCUUAGUGACCUACGCCCCCAUCAUCUCUUCGGAGAGAGCRUAUCACGAGCAGCUCUCGGUGGCAGAAAUCACCAGCUCCUGUUUCGAGCCCAACAACCAGAUGGUGAAGUGCGACCCGCGGCACGGCAAGUACAUGGCUUGCUGCAUGCUCUACCGCGGCGACGUCGUUCCCAAAGACGUCAACGUGGCAAUUGCCGCCAUCAAGACCAAGAGAGCCAUCCAGUUUGUGGACUGGUGUCCAACUGGCUUCAAGGUUGGUAUCAACUACCAGCCUCCCACAGUUACCCCAGGAGGAGACCUGGCCCAGGUUCAGCGAGCAGUCUGCAUGCUGAGCAACACCACAGCCAUCGCAGAAGCGUGGGCAAGGCUUGACCACAAGUUUGACCUGAUGUACGCCAAGAGGGCCUUUGUGCACUGGUAUGUGGGGGAAGGCAUGGAGGAAGGCGAAUUUGCAGAGGCCCGGGAAGACCUGGCUGCCCUGGAGAAGGACUAUGAGGAAGUGGGAACUGAUUCCUUUGAAGAUGAAAAUGAUGGGGAGUAA